UUAACACUGAUUUAACGUUUAUGUUCGUCAAUCGUUUUCGUUAUUACUUAUUUCGUUUAAGUACGUAUAAACAAACCGCGGUGUUGCUCGUUUACGUAAUCAACUGUCAAUUUCUGUGUUGUUUAGUGCGUACGGAAUAAUAAUAAUUAUUCAUAAUGGAAGAAGAUACAAUAAAAAUAUCUUUUUCGUUUAAACAAAUAUCGAAACCUAAGGUAAUUCCUGUACUUCCAAAAACAGAGAACGCAGUUCAGUUUAUUGAAUGCGUCGAAGAAAAGGCAAUCAAAGUUGCUGGAAUGGUAGAAAAGGUUGAUCAUGAAUUGGUUAUACCUAUGCCAAAGUCAGUUAAACAGCGACUACCAACAAAGGAAGUCGUAAGCUCAAUACCUAACAAACCUCAAGAAAAUGGAGCGUCAACACUGGAAGAAAUGGCUGUACAGGCAAUAUUAAAGAGCUGUAAAAAAAGAGAAGAAGGUGAAGAAGAAGAAGAAGAUGAUGCAAAAAUAGUUGAAGUACCAUUGAUAAUUGAUCCUCAGGAAGGGAUGGAGAUGUCAACAGCCGAAGACUAUGAAAAUAUACCUAUUGAUAAAUUUGGAGUAGCUAUGCUUCGAGGUAUGGGUUGGAAACCUAAUAAAGGUGUUGGUAAGAAUUCUCAAAUAGUUGCUGCUAAUCUGCCUGAGAUUAGGUCCAAAGGAAUGGGUUUAGGAGCUGAUAAGUUAAUUAAAUCUGUACAGAAAACACAGAGUUCCGAAGAAGAGUUAAAACUCAAACAAGGAUCUUUUGUACAAUUUAUAAUGGGUAAACUGAAUGGCCAGUAUGGACAAGUUUGUGGUUUUGAUGAAUUAUCCUCAAGAGUAAUUGUGAAAGUUUCACGCACUGGCGAACUGGAAAAUGUAAGCGAAAAUUUAUUUAAUUUGGUUACCAAAAGUGACUAUGAUAAAAAUUGUAAUGUGAUUAAUAUUAAACAGUAUAAAGAAUAUCACGAGGGUAAAACUAAAACGAAUGACAGUGUAGACCAAUCUAAUCACCGUGAAAAAAUAACUAAAGAAGACAUUUACAGUGAUAAUCGAUCUAGACACCAUAAAACAAAAAAAAGUAAACAUUCCAAAUCACCACACAGAAAACAUAAAUCUAAUCACAACAAACAUAAAAAGUAUAAACACAAAAAGUCUUCAUCAUAACAUAUUUUCAGAAUUAUAAAUUACUAAUGUAUUACUUAAUUUUUUUGUGAAUUCAUUUUAUGAAUAGUUAUUGUAUAUUUUUACAGUGUUUAGACAGAUACCUGCUGUUACUAAUUAUUGUUUAAAGUAUAAAAAAAUGAGUUAUAAGUCAACUACUAAUUGUAAUUAAAUGAACAUCAUUUGA